AAACAAGAAGAAGACACCCAUCGGCGACAAUGGCGGCUGAUCUAAUGUUCACUGAAGACGAGAUGGCGGUUGACGAAGGCCUCGGCUACCCCAAAGCCUACGCGAAGCUCUGCAGAGGUCGCAGCGUCAGUCCAUACAGCCAUGGCCCUCCCUUCACUUUCGUCCCUUAUGCUCUCUCUCAGAAUGAGGUUCUGAGGGCAAAAGACUUCGAUGAGAUGUUCCCAAUUGUCAACCCAAACGCAAUGCCAACAGCCAAGCCCAAGAUUUUUGUCAGCCUCAUGUGGAAACAACUAAGCCACCUUGGCUUCUCCUCUUGCUUGGGACAUAGAUCACUGUGGCAAGUGUGCAAGAAAAAGCAUGACAAGCUGGAAUUUCUCAUACCAUGGUGGGAUCUUCAAGUGGGAAUUUCCAUCAACCAGUUCCUGUCCAUCUUCGCUUCUUCAAACUCGGAUUUCAGGCAUAGGGCAUUUUCGCUGUUGUUUAGUGAGGGAGAAAAUGAAGAACUCAAUGCUUCACAGACGGUGGACUCGCAUAUUUUCCCACAGCACUUCAACGAAUCUACAAAAAAAGUAGGCCUUGCUCCAGCUGCCAUUGUUGUGUCUAAACGAGAAGCUUUUGAUGCUUCAUCCACUCUAAAAUCUUUAGAUAUGAACAGAAGACCUAGGUCAAACUCCCCUAUAAUCGCUGCAAGAAAAUUUAACUCAACCACCUCAAAAGAGAAUGCUAACCCCGACAUGGUUAGCAACCCAUAUCAGGCAAUUGUCAUGGCCAGAGAUUCACUGAGGCAGAGAGAAGAAACAGCAAAAAUGCAGGCAGAGAUACAAAAAUUAGAUGAAGAAAUGAAUCAACUGAAGCAGAAGGCUGAAGAGGAGAAGGUCAACAUCCAAGAGCUAGAGUUGGUACUAAUAAAAAGAAGAAGACGAGCUGAGAAGUGCCGACGCCUUGCAGAGGCACAGUCCUCAUACAGGACAAUGCUCGAGAAAAUGAUCAGAGAUGCUAUGCACCAGAGUGUGAUAUACAAGGAGCAAGUGAGGUUGAACCAGGCAGCAGCCAAUGCCUUGAUGGCAAGACUUGAAGCCCAGAAAGCAAUCUGCGACUCAGCAGAGAAAGAACUCCACAGAAAAUUCAAACAAAGGGAUGAGAUAGAGAAGCAGAUAAGGCCUGAGGGAGAGCAAGGAAGGAAGAGAUCAAGAGUGGAAAAUUCAGCAUUGGAAGAGGAAGAUGAUAGCGCUGUCCUGUAUUUACCAGGAAACAACUUGCGAAAGGAAACCGGAACUGCUUUAUUGGAAAAUGAAGGAAAUAAGACAGUCCUGUGUUUACCAGGACCUGAUUCAGAGGCACCUUUACGAGGACCUGGUUCAGGGGCACCUUUGCACAAGGAACUCAGGGUUUUCUUGGAGGAGGAGCAGAAAGCAUCCGAAGCAGGCUUAUCUCAGAACCAAGAGCAGAAACAAGAGGAAAUUGAAAAGGCUGGAUUAGUAAAUAAUCUUAACAACGAAGGCAUAGUUGGAGCACAGGAUGAAAACCCAAUUCAGGCAAAGCUUCAAAUGCUGAAAAUGGGAGAUGAAGUAGAGAUUGAGGAGGAUGAAGAAAGCAGAAGGAAGAGAGGGAAAGGAAAUGUAGAGAGGUGGCUGCAAAUGCUGCUGGAGAACACACCAGAAGGUGAUAACCUGAAUCUAGAAAACAUUGACUAUGACAAGAUCGGUAGAACAGAUGAAAUACCAGAAGGUGAUAACCUGAAUCUAGAAAACAUUGACUAUGACAAGAUCGGUAGAACAGAUGAAAUAGUCAGAAAGAUGAAUCUCAAGUAUCCGCAACAGGAAACCAAAGCUUCAGGACUCCCAGAAUCUCAAGGCCAUGGGGAAGAUGUUUCAAAAUGCCAUCACGAAGAAGAGAUAAUUGAGAUUGAAGGAGGUAUUACGCCCAUUAAAAGCCCUCCUUACAAAUUACCCAAAGAGAAAAGCAGGGUCCACGAAGUGGGUACUCCUGGCAAGAGAGUAGAAAGGAGGAGAAGCAGCUUUCAGGGAGAGGAGAAGAAGGAGAAGAGCGGGAAGGAAAAGGGGCUUGUGAGGUCUGAGAGUGCGAGGGCAUUCCGGCGAAUCCCAUCUUCUCCAUCUCUAAUUCUGGGAAUGAAGAAAGGAGUGGAUUGCAUUAGGAAGAGGCCCUCAGUAAUUGGUGAUGACGACGGUGAGAACAGUCCCGUGUCAGGGAACAACUUCAUCAAGUCCUCAAUCAAGACAAUUAAGAGAGCAGUGAAGAUA